AAAAGGAAGAUGCGUGAAAUUAAGGCCAACAGAGCCUGGGCUGCUGGAUCUGACAGGCCACCCGCCUGCAAAGAGGCACCAGGCUCUCUUCCCAUCCCGCCCCCGGCUGGCCUGCGGGGCUCAGCUGUGUCCUCUUGCAGGGUGGACACCAUGGUGGACCUGCUGGAGAUGGCACAUCUGAAGCAGUCGGGCUCCAUGGAGCAGAGACUGGCCUCCCUAGAGGAGCAGAUGGCCCAGACGACCAGAGCGCUGCACUGGAUCGUGAAGGCCCUGAGGGACAACGGCUUUGGCUCGGAGGAGGGCGUCCCCACCCUGGCACCCCAGAAGGCCUCGGUGGGGCGGGACCCGGAGCUGGACGGCGGGCUGAAGGUGGAGGACCCGGGCGACGCCUACCACGUGGACGCCCGGCACCUCCUCUACCCCAGCUGCCCCGCCCAGCGUUUCCCAGUGCCUAACGAGAAGGUGCCCUGGGAGACGGAGUUCCUUAUCUACAACCCGCCCUUCUACACGGCCGACAGGAAGAACAAGGGCCUGGUGGACCCUGUCGGGGACGCCCUGGAGCCUCUGUCCAGGAUCAGCUACAACGCGGUGGAUGGACGCCUGGACCGGCGCAGCUUCCACGGGGUCUACGCUGUGCAGGAUGGGCUCCCUCUGAACCCCAUGGGCCGCACAGGGCUGCGCGGGCGCGGGGACCUCAGCUGCUUUGGCCCCAACCACACGCUGCAGCCCGUGGUCACCCGCUGGAGGCGGAACCAGGACGGCGCCAUCUGCAGGAAGGGCAUAAAGAAGAUGCUGGAGGUGCUGGUGGUGAAGCGCUCCCUCUCAGAGCACUGGGUGCUGCCCGGGGGCUCCCGGGAACCGGGAGAGAUGCUGCCCCGGAAGCUGAAGCGGGUCCUCCAGAGAGAGUUCUGGCCUUCCUUCGAGAGCCUGCUGACGCAGGGCACGGAGGUGUACAAAGGGUACGUGGAUGACCCAAGGAACACGGACAACGCCUGGAUCGAGACGGUGGCCGUGAGCGUCCACUUUCCAGACCAGAGCGACGUGGAGCUGAAGAGGCUGAACUCUCACCUGCACUCCUGCGAAGCGGGGGUGUCCAUCCGGUGGCAGGUGGUGGACGAACGCAUCCCGCUGUAUGCCAACCACAAGGCCAUCCUCCAGAAGGCGGCCGCCUUGUUCGGGGCCUACUACUAACCUGGGGACGCAGCCCGGGCGGCUCUGCGGGGCCGGCAGAGCUGCUGCAUCCACGGCCCGCUCGGAUCAGCAGCCCCUCACGCCCAGCUGUUGAACCGGGAGGCUUUGGGGUGCCCUGGGAGGAGAGCUGAGCAGGGCGCAGGCGGGCUCCAGCCACGAGGCGGGGCCUCAGGGUUGGGGUGACCACGGGGACCCCACCAGCCAACACUGCUUCUCCCGAGCCUGCUGGUGGCCAGUGGAUACCCUCCCGGCCACAUCCUGUGAGCAGCACGUCCACCGUCAGAGGUGUCUCCACCCAGGGCUGGCACUUCCUGGAGAGUCGGGGCUCCCCUGUGGCCUCCUCCUCAGGCCCACACCCCUGAGAGGGCCUCCACCGUGACCUAACUCAGCCCCUUGCCUGGCCUCGGUGGGGGCGCCACGGGACCCAUUUCCCUUGGCUGUCAGGGCUGAGCCCCUUAGCAGGGCAGGAGGCGCAGGCAAGCUCCGGCCUCCUCCCGAGAUGCAGAGGCCUCUGCCUGUGUGCUGCCCCGGGACCCAGGCGGGGAGGACGCAGACGCACCGGGCGGGCGGGGGCUCUCCCGCACAUGGUGCCCCCAGCCCCCACCCUGAGAGCCCGGGAGGAGCGGGCGGUAGGUGUGGGCUGAGGGGCCACCCAGUUCAGCAUCAGCGACUCCUAGGCCAUCAGCUCAAGCCAUCAGGAGCCGUGGAAUGUUGUGAAAACCCCACAUUAAAUCCGC